CACCGUAGCCCGGGGACCGAUGGACCUCGGCAUGGGGCGGGUAAUCGCACCAGCGACGGGCGAGGGUCGUCCGAGGCAUUGAUUGAUUCAAACAACAUCAUAUACCCAUACACCCAGGUCUCUCCUCCAUUUUGAGAGCGGGUUUCAAUUCAAUCCAUCAUAGAAAAAACAGACACAAAACAGACAUCCACAAUUUCACAAUGUCCGCCAAGAUCCCCAUCGCCGUCCGCGAUCGCGUGAGUGAGCGGGCGAAGAAGACGUUGGACAUUGUUGCCAAAUUUGUCGAAGAAGACUGCAUUCCCGCCGAUCCCGUUUUUGAAGCGCAGAUUGGUGUCGGUGACGCGAGAUGGCAUGCCCAUCCGCCAAUUCUCGAGGACCUCAAGAAGAAGGCGAGGUCCCUCGGCCUGUGGAACAUGUUUUUGCCCAAGGGCCACUACAAGGAGUCCCCUGGCUGGACGAACCUCGAGUAUGGCCUGAUGGCUGAGUGGCUGGGAAAGUCGAGGGUCGCGUCCGAGGCGGUCAACUGUGCGGCCCCGGACACGGGCAACAUGGAGGUGCUGGCUAAGUAUGGCAACGAUGCGCAGAAAGCCAAGUGGCUGAAGCCGCUGAUGGAGGGCGAGAUCCGCUCGGCAUUCUUGAUGACGGAGCCCCAGGUCGCCUCAUCUGAUGCCCGCAAUAUCGAGCUAAGGAUGGAGCGGGACGGCGACCACUACGUCCUGAACGGACAGAAAUGGUGGUCGAGCGGGGCCGGCGACCCGCGCUGCAAGGUCUACAUCGUGAUGGGCAAGAGCAAUCCCAACAACAAGGACCCCUACAAGCAGCAGUCCGUCAUUAUCGUGCCGGCAGAUACCCCCGGCAUCACCAUCCACCGCAUGCUGUCGGUGUACGGAUACGACGAUGCCCCUCACGGGCACGGCCACAUCAGCUUCCACAACGUCCGCGUGCCGGCGAGCAACCUCGUCCUCGGCGAGGGCCGCGGCUUCGAGAUCAUCCAGGGCCGGCUGGGUCCCGGGCGUAUCCACCACGCGAUGCGGACGAUUGGCGCGGCCGAGCGGGCUCUGGAGUGGAUGCUCAUGCGCAUCAACGACCCCCGCAAGACGACGUUCGGCAAGCAGCUGCGCGAGCACGGCGUCAUCCUGGAGUGGGUCGCCAAGUCGCGCAUCGAGAUCGACGCGGCCCGGCUCGUCGUCCUCAACGCCGCCAUCAAGAUGGACGAGCAAGGGCCCAAGGCCGCGAUCACCGAGAUCGCCGAGGCCAAGGUGCUCGUGCCGCAGACGGCGCUGACCGUCAUCGACCGGGCAGUCCAGGCGUUCGGCGGAGCGGGUGUCAGCCAGGACACGCCGCUGGCCAGCAUGUGGGCAGGCAUCAGGACGUUGCGGCUGGCGGACGGGCCCGACGAGGUGCACCUGCAGCAGAUGGGCCGGAACGAGAACAGGCGCGGCAAGGAGGUGGCCGCCAAGAUUGCCGCGCAAAAGGCAAAGUCCGAGCAGCUGAUGAAGCAGUACGGCGCAACGCGGACCGAGAUCGGGUCCAACAUUAAGCGGUCCGCCUGAACACUAAGUGUAGGUGUCUAGCUCUGACAACUCAAUAUACAAUCUACCUCUUCUCUUU